CAGCAAUUAAACUAUAAGUGUCUGCCCAACGCUCACAGAGCUGACAACACCUGCUGCAGUCUGCAAGGCUGGUGUCUUAAACUAAUAACCGAUUCUGUUCUCACUCUAGUGCUCACAGUAAAUCUUCGCAAAGUUGAAUUGGGGGUUUUGUUACCUGCAGCGGUUUGUAUUUAUUGUAUUUGCAGGCUUCUGAUCGCUGUAGAGUUAUCGAGAGUUGCGUGGUUUCUCUGCUUAUCCAUGGGGCUGUUCACAUUUUCGCCAUUUCUGAGCAUUUCUGCGGCACUUUUGUGUGCCGGUGUUGUGAGGACAGCAGUGUGCUUCUCAGCAGAGGAUUGCAGUGGGAUUCCACCAAAAAAAUGGUCCGAGGAGCUGCCACACUCAUGCCUUGAAAUCAAAGAGAAGACAAAAACAGAGAGAGAUGGGCUAUACUUGCUGCAGACGAAGAGCGGGCAGUCCUACCAGGCGUUCUGCGACAUGAACACCAACGGAGGAGGCUGGACCCUGGUCGCCAGCAUCCACGAGAACAACAUCAUGGCCAAGUGUACCACGGGAGACCGCUGGACCAGUCAGCAGGGCAGCAAUUCUGCAGUUCCAUUCGUAGACGGGGAUAAAAACUGGGCCAACCUCAACACAUUUGGUGUGCCCGAGUCGGCGACUGAUGACGACUACAAGAACCCGGGAUAUUACGAUCUGGAGGCAAAUGACAUAGCAGUGUGGCAUGUUCCUAACGGGACUCCUCUGCCUGCGUGGAAGACAUCAUCGCUCUUCCGCUACCACACGGAGUCGAAGUUUCUGGGUGCCUUUGGAGGAAACUUUUACUCCUUUUUCAAGAAUUUCUUCCCGUUAACGUACAAUUCCGGAAGCUGUCCCACCAAUAACGGGCCUGCCUACCCCAUUGUUUAUGACCUUGGAAGUGACACAGUCAUCAAUUCUUUAAUCUGUCCUAACUGUGUGGGUGGAACAGCAACAGGGUUUGUGCAAUUCAGAGUGUUUAACAACGAGAGAGCCCCAUUUGCCAUCUGCUCGGGGUUGAAGGUCGUCUCCAACUGUAACACUGAACAUUUCUGUGUAGGCGGUGGCGGCUACGUGCCUGAGGCAUCCCCAAAUCAGUGCGGUGACUUUAGUGCGCUCAACUGGAGCGGCUACGGAACAGGUGUGGAAUGGAGCGCAACAAAGAAGCUGCUGGAAUCCGCCAUCCUCAUCUACUACCGUUAAGCUGCCACCUGAAAAAGCGCCCCCGUCAGCAACUAAAGUGAAUUUAUUAAAACAUUUUUACAGACAUAAGGUUAGUCCUAGGGUAGGAGCAGGGGACCUUCCUGACUGGCGGGCCGAAUGCUGCUUACGACUCAAUUUCAUACGGCCCACAAUCGGAAGACCCAAACAAUAUGUAUCCAUUACUGACAGCAUCUUUGCUGCACUAAUCGGCGCAUUCGAAUGAAAUAUUUUCUUUUUACAGAUAUGUUUCGUAUAUUUAGAGUGCUCAGUUACUUCCCUCAAUGUAAGGGCCUCAUUUUGCUCUAUCGACACGCACAUUCAUUUUUCAGUCAUUAUUGGAUAAUGCUUAGGUUUGUGUUAAUGUUUGGUCUGCCAGAGAUGAUUUAAAGUCCUAUUCGAUCAUCCAUAAAAAACGUAUUCCCCAUCCCUUAUACUCCGGAUUGGUCAUCCAGUUAUGGUCAGGAUGAGUAGAUUGUCCUCUCUUCUAACAAUUUGUAUCCACCCCAACCCAGACCCAUAGUCAUUAUUGCCGAGUCUGGCAUUUUCACUUGUUGUUCACUUUUCACUUUGUGUUUUAAAGUUAAAGGAAUUACCAAAUAAUAAUAAAUGCCGAGGCAAUUUAA